UGGGCUUAAAAGAAUAGUUUGAUAUUGAAUUAUCGAGUGGAAUUAAUUUUCGGUGCGUGUUGUUUUGGAAAAUAAAUGAAAAAAUUUUUUCUACGGCAUUUUUCAUUUCAUUCAAAGUACUUAAUAUCAUGAGAACUUCAAAAUUCGUUAACUGCCAACUUCGCCACUAGCCUGCCCCCUAGUGCUGUUUUAUUCUUCGAGCCCAAAAAGAAAAUUAUCGCUUCUGUGAUAUCGUAGGAUGGUAGAAACUGAACUUGAGCCAAAAAAGCAUCCCAAUUGUGAUGUAAAAGACGAGCGCACUGUAAACGGGUGCGGAUCUAAGGACCUAGAACUCGGUAAUAUUGUUCUAACAAAGGGCAAAGUCCCAGGAGAUCUAGAAAAAGGUAUAGAUACAAAAGCAGAUUUUGAACGUGCUAUCGAACUUACAGGGUAUGGAAAAUUUCAUUACGCAUUAUUAGCAAUAUGUGGAUUUGUAAGUACGUCGGAGGAGAUGGACGUCAUCUCGAUGUCCUUCAUCCUACCGUCAGCACAAUGCGAUUUAGACUUAAACACCCAAACAAAAGGAUGGCUCAACUCCAUCAUCUUUAUAGGGAUGAUGGUUGGAGCCUACGCAUGGGGCUCUGUGGCUGAUUCGCUUGGUCGCAAAAAAGUCCUUAUAGCGAUCUCAUUUAUGAAUGGGUUAUGUAUUGUGGCAUCUAGCUUCAGCCAAAGUUAUCUGAUGUUCAUGUUAUUCAGAUUCUUGAAUGGAGCAGCACUAGGGGGCAGUGGACCAGUAAUAUGGUCAUAUUUCGCCGAGUUCCAGCCAAAAGCAAAACGUGGUUCAAUGUUAAGUUUCAUGGCUGCGUUUUGGACACUCGGCAAUCUAUUUGUGGCUGGUUUGGCAUGGAUAAUUAUACCAACGAAUAUUGGUUGGCAUACCGUAAAUUUUACAUACAAUUCGUGGCGAAUAUUUUUACUUGUAUGUUCAUUUCCAUCAUUUAUCGUGGCCGCAUUAUUAAUAUUUUUACCAGAAAGUCCAAAGUUUUUAUUAAUGCGUGGACGGCCUGAUGAAGCCAUUGAAAUAUUUAAACAAAUCUUUGCAAGAAACACUGGUCGUUUACCCGAAGAGUAUCCAGUUAAGGAAUUAAUUUUAGAAGAUAUUGUUCGUAAAGAUGGACAAAAACCAAAACCAGUUGUUAAAGGCAAAUAUAAAAAUAUGAUGGUGGAUAUUGUUGACAAUAGCAAACAAUUGUUUGUUACACCGAUUUUACGUUUUACACUCAUUUCCAUAACAAUUAAUUUUACAUUUCAUAUUGGAUAUUAUGGAUUAAUGAUGUGGUUUCCCGAAUUAUUCAAUCGUUUUGAUGAAUUUAAUCGUCAUCAUCCCGGACAAGAUGCAUCUGUAUGUGAAGUAACCAAUUUUGUUGUAAAUAAUGGAAGUCACAUUGGUUUAUGUUCAGAUAAAAUAGAGAGUACAGUUUUUAUGGAAUCAUUAAUUACCGUUGCAGCUGCAUUACCAAGUAACAUAAUUGCAGUAUUAGGAAUGGAUCGUUUAGGAAGAAAAUUCUUUUUAGUAUUCAGUACGUUUUCAUCAGGACUAUGUGCAGCUAGUAUGUAUUUCAUUAGAAAUAAAUUACAUAAUUUGGUUGUAUCAGCUGUAUUUAGCUCAGUGAUAUCAUGUGGUAACGCUGCAUUAGAUUGUUUAAUUACCGAAGUUUUCCCAACGAAUUUAAGAGCUACCGGUGUGGCGAUUUCAAUGGUCGCAGCACGACUUGGUGGUAUUAUUGGCAAUAUUGUAAUAGCAACAUUAUUAGAUUUAUAUUGUCCAGCGCCAACAUUUAUUGUUGCAGUUCUAUUAAUCAGUGGUGGUUUAUUGUGUCUGUUCCUACCAAAUACAACACGUGAACCAUUAUCUUGACAUCACUCAACAAUUAACAAUCAAUACAAUAAUAAAAACAAUAAUGGAAAACAAAAUGGCUGUGCAGCAUUUUAUUUUUUAAAUAAUAAGUU